GAGCCAGAAAAAGACCUCAUGGAAAUGACAGACGAUGACGAAUGUUGGAUGCAUCAGCUUCAGGAUUGCUCAGAUCAAGUUGAAUUUGACGAGGUGUACCUUGACCAGGAUGAGACCCUCUUCUGGAAGGGCCUUAUAAAGCAGUACCUGUUACCAGUGAUGGAGGACGAGAAGACGAAGCAGGACAUCAUGAAGGACCUGAGAUCCCUCAGAAAUAAGGCAAAUCUUGUUUAUUUCUUCAUCAACUCUCUAUGGAUCGUGGCCAUGUUCUUCCUACAGAUAGUUGGAAAUGCAGUUAGCAUACAAAUUCCAAAAGUUUACUUUAACGGAAGCCUGGCUGCAGACACCAUCCCUGUGGACCCAGUUGGACUUGUCCUCCUUCUGUCUUUUACUGGACUCCUGGUUACCCAGUUUAUUGCAAUGGUCUACCACAGGCUGUACACAUUUAUUCACCUCAUAGCAUUUAUCGGAACUGAAUCAUCUGGCCCUAAAGAAGAACACAAAUUGUCGAAAAUCAACUUUUAUGACCCCGACAAGCUUGAUUUUUAGAGACCCCAAUGCCAGGACCUCCCGUCUGUCGCUCCUCACACCUGCAGGUCUCUGAUUCUCUGCUCACGCCUGACAGCAGCAACCCAUGAAAACUCAAGAGAUGACCUGAAAGUAUUUAAAAUGACUAAAAACUUGAUGAGCGUUGUAUUAAUUUAACCCAAAAAUGACCCCCCCAAAAAUAAGGAGAAAAAUUAAUUGAAAGACGAGAGAAUCCUGAUGAAGAAAUGCGUGCCAAAGUCACAAAGGGUGCACAUCACGUGAAGGACAUGUGGCCGGCCAGUCGUGGGGCCAGGGGGUCAUCACUUGGUGGGACGCAGCAGGCAGCCAGAGAGCAAAAGACAAUGAAGAAGAAGAAGGAGAAGAAGAAUCAGCGCCUCCGUAAGUUUCUGGUGUGUGACGAUUGAGUUUUUACUGUAUAUAUGGAAGCACAUUUGUAGAUGUUUGUGUAUGAACUACUGUAUUUAUUAAAGAGUCUCUGAAGUUGA